CCGGCGCACUCGCGCAUGGAGCGCGCCGGGGACGGCGGCGCGAUGGCGGCGGCGCUGAGGGCGGCCAAGCGGCAGCUGCGGGCGGAGCUGCGGCAGCGCCUGCGGGCGCUCGGCGCGGCCGAGAAGCAGCGCCAGUCCCGCCUGCUCGGGCGCAAGGUGAUUGACCAUCCCAAGUACCAAGAAUCCAAAAGAAUUGCAAUCUUUCUGAGUAUGCCAGAUGAAGUCCAGACAGAAGAAAUCAUUAAGGACAUUUUUAAGCAAGGCAAGGAGUGUUUCAUCCCCCGUUACAAACCUCAGAGCAAUCACAUAGACAUGCUGAAGUUAUCAUCUGCUGAAGACAUUUCUUCACUUGCUUUGACGUCCUGGAAUAUUCUUCAGCCCAGUGAUGAUGACAUUGCAAGAGAGGAAGCUCUUGCUGGUGUUCCCAGUCUUGCCCCAGACAGCAGGAAUAGCAGCAGUCAGCGAAAAGAAAGUCCUUUGGAGUCCUCACAGCUGAGAUGGAUCUGGCAGGAGGAGCUGAGCCUGCAGCUCCAUGUGCUCUAUCUGUGCACCAAUACCAGCUUAAGCAGUUUUCCCUCCUUGUGGUUUCAGCCUGUUCCUGCCUCUCUCUGGUGAGCUGGAUCAACCUGCUGCUCUGCGUGAAGAUUAUUUCCCUCCUUUCCCCUCUCCUGUUUUUGUUGGGAUUUUUUGAACCCCAAAGAGUUUAUCCAGUUUACCUUGUGGCCAGAUCAGUGCCAUGAGUGUGGGGAGGGGGCAAUGAGGAGCCAGGAUGGAGAGAAUGUCCCCUGUGGCACAGGUUCUUAGAGAGAGUCGUGGGGCCAGCCAUGCAGAUGUGACUCCAGUAGUGAUACAGGGAGGGGGGCAUCUUCAGAAAGCCACAGAACUCACCCUGACACGUCUCUCCUAAGCCUGUGCCUAUGGCAGCUUUUCACAUUAUUUGCAGCAUUGCAUAAGCCUGGCUCAAACGGGUUUGAACAGUGCUAAAGCCACAUCAUCACCAGUGAGGGUGCUACAAGUAAGAUUUCAAGUUCUUGCUACAAGGCACAGAGCAACAGAGCUUCUCUCCUCUUUAUUUAUUUAUUUAUUUUUUUACUAGCUGUGAUCUUGGAAACCAGUGAACCAUUUUGCAGGAAUAAAAUAAACAUAACCCCCUUGCCCCCAUCUCAGUUUGGCAUAAAUACCCAAGCUGAAAAAUGUCAGCAUUUAACAAUAUAGCAUCUUAUAUAUAAUGGGGAGUGCUGAAUUUUCUGCUACUACUCAACUACAGCAUAAUGAAUUUUUGCUUUAAGAAAUGAAUGUAUUAAGAACUUGAGUUGUAUUUUAUAAUUUAAUUUGGAGACUUCUGGCAUUUUCAGCACUGAAAAAUUUGGUGGCCUACUGAUCAUAGCAUUUGUGUUGUAACUUCAAGAUAAUUAGUGAAAUAUUAACUAGAUAAUCAAUUCUUCCAAUGACAGUAAAAAUUUAUUAUUAAUAAAAAGAAAAUAUCUGAAUUUGAAAUAAAAUAAGGAAGUACUAACAUAUGUCUAGCAGAAACUUCUUUUCAGCUUUGUUUUCGUAUAACCUUUUGAAUGUUGGCUUUUAAGGUUGAGGUAGUUUUAUCUUUCUGCCCUUUUAACUUCCAGAACACUGUGAGACUUGCUGUAGCAUAAAUUACAGCAACCUGCUGGUAGCAGAAGCAGACAGGGACAGCUUACCUGUGUGGUGGCAUUUAGUUUAUAAGGGUUUAUGCCAGGGAACAUGAUUCUCUUGCAAGGAAACUGCUGGCUACCUCUAACCUACAGUUCCAAACCUCAAGUAGUUUGAAAUUAUUCCUGAGUGGCCAUUAAGCCUAUUUGAAACUUUGCCAUUGGGAUUUGCCCUGCAGAAGCAUUUUUGUCUGAAGAAACUAUUUUUUUACCUGUCUUUAAAUUCCUGCUAUUUAUUCAUGCAUUCAAAGAUUCUGCAUUUGCUGCCAGGACUGAUGGCCUUGUGAUGCCAUCAGUACUCUUAGUUAUUCCAAAUUUUAGCACAGUUCUUGAGAAGUGUGACUGAAUUGAUGGCAGCACAGUCUUAAGAGGAAUAGGUUUGACUUAGAGCUGCAAAAUAAAAUGCAAUUUUAAAAAAGGAUAAUGGGCUCCUCCCCCAGCCCCCCAAAAAACAUGCACCAGAAGUGAGAGGAUUUUGAAAGAUGAGGCACAUUAGAGUUUAGAAAUAAAAAACACUUGUGAGUAGAAAAUGCUGUGGCUUGAAGCAUAGGGAAGGUCUAUUAUCCUACUUCAGCUGUCCAUGGAGGCAUAAUGGGACUAUACAAAAUGAUGCUAAUCAUUCUGAAAAAAUAUAUGUAGUAAACAAUGCUCAGAGGUAACUGGGAAUAUUUAAACGAGCUAUAUGCAGAUAGGAAUGUAUCAAGAAUAAUGAAAUAUGGGUACAUGAAAAGCAGAGAUGUUAAAUGUUUCUGCUUAGGAAAAAAAAAAAAACAAAAAAAAUACUCCAAACAAGAUUGUAAAGUGAUUGAAGGUACUAUUAGAUUUUCUUUUCCUCUGGGAGACUUGAUUAAAACUUGCAGUACAAAAUAUGUCAAGGGAGAGAUUAUAAUUUAAAAUCUUUUUACACUGGUCAUAAAAAGAAAACCUGAGAGCAUGGCACAAUACAAAAUUGAAAAUCGUGGCUUAGCUGCUAAUGUAAUUUAUUUUUUAAUGAAAUGAUUUAAAGUUUGGAAUGAACUUCUGUUUGGAGACAAUGAUCCUUAGUAUUUUUGAUAUGCAAAAGAAGAACAAAA